AUGAGCUUCGCUGCCCGUACCGCCCUCCGCCAGUUGACUCGCGUCGCUGUCCCCACUGCCCGCUCCUUCUCCGUCAUGGCCCGCUCUGCCGCCAUUACCCACGUCCCUCGCGUUGCUGCCUGCAAGGUUGCUUUCACCCAGACCCGCGGUGUCAAGACCAUGGACUUUGGCGGCACCAAGGAGAUUGUCUACGAGCGCUCUGAUUACCCCCCUGCCAAGCUCCAGGAGACCUUCAAGGACGAUACCCUCACCGUCCUCGGUUACGGCCCCAUGGGUCGUGGCCAGGCCCUCAACCUCCGCGACAACAAGCUCAACGUCAUCAUUGGAUCCCGCAAGGGUUCCUCCUGGGACAAGGCCGUCUCCGAGGGAUGGGUCCCCGGAAAGAACCUCUUUGAGAUCAACGAGGCCUGCGAGCGCGGUACCGUCAUCAUGAACUUGCUCUCCGACGCUGCCCAGUCCAAGCUCUGGAACGAGAUCAAGCCCUACCUCACCAAGGGCAAGACCCUCUACUUCUCUCACGGAUUCUCCGUCGUCUUCGCUGAGGACACUGGCGUCAUUCCCCCCAAGGAUAUCGAUGUCGUCCUCGUCGCCCCUAAGGGCUCCGGCACCACCGUCCGUAACCUCUUCCUCGAGGGCCGUGGCAUCAACGGAUCCGUUGCCGUCUACCAGGAUGUCUCUGGCAAGGCCAAGGACCGUGCCGUCGCCCUCGGUGUCGGUGUCGGAACCGGUUACCUUUACGAGACCACCUUCAAGAACGAGGUCAACUCUGACCUCUACGGUGAGCGUGGUGUCCUCAUGGGCGCCAUCCAGGGUCUCUUCCGUGCCCAGUACGAGGUUCUCCGUGCCAAGGGUCACAGCCCCUCUGAGGCUUUCAACGAGACUGUCGAGGAGGCCACCCAGUCGCUCUACCCUUUGAUCGGUGCCAACGGCAUGGACUGGAUGUACGCCAACUGCUCCACAACUGCCCAGCGAGGAGCUCUCGAUUGGUGCGGUCCUUUCUAUGAUGCCACCAAGCCUAUCUUUGAGUCCUUGUACGAGUCCGUCGCCAACGGCACCGAAACCCGCCGCUCUUUGACCAAGAACUCGACCCCCAACUACCGUGCCGAGCUCGAGGUCGAGUUGGCCGAGAUCGCCAACCACGAGAUGUGGCGCGUCGGAAAGACCGUCCGCCAGUUGCGCCCCGAGAACAACUAA